UUCUCCUCUCCUCAUUAAACUCUUCCCUCACGUACAACAAAGAAAGAACUUAUUUAUGAAGUGUUAAUCUGAAUCUCUGCAAGGGACAGGGGACCUGAUACAGUAACUUUUCUAAGAGGUCAGUUACUUGCGUGCCCAGCAUGCGGUAGUGCGGGCUGAAAGGUCUGAAGGUUUUUCUGAGUUCAGAUGUUAUUGGCCCAACUUCAGGCAGACCAGGAUCCGCUUUAAGGUCCUUGUGGAUUGUUCUGGGAAUGGGAGCGUUGGCUGAUUCGGACACGAGCCGCUAUGCGGCUUGCGCUCAGCCUGGCCGCUCCUCUUGCCACCUUCCAUUGGCCGGGACUGUUUUCAGCUCUUUGCCGCGCACGGGGAGAGCCACGAAUCCAACAGCCGUCAGAGCCGGAGGCCCUGCUCGCGACCGCUGACACCCCGAGCGAGGCGCCGCCUCGAUCCAACAGUCGCGGCUCCUGGGCGGCUGGGGCGGGUCGCAGCCGCUCGCGAGGAGGGACGUGGCAGGGACCGUGGUCCCCCCGCCAAGGUGAGGAUGAACACGUAGAAAUGGCUUUGGGGAGUGCGCCAACAGCGGUCGUUAAGAGACACAAAACCGACGUCUUGGAGCCGGGAGCCUAGAGGAAUAGGGAUGGUCACCGGGCUGGGCUCUGGACGCCUCGGGCGGAGUAGUGUGCCCCUCGGCCGAGCCGACGGCGCAGGCGCGGAGAGCGCACGUGUGGCGGCGGGCGGGUAACGUCACGUGGCGAGGCGGCGCGUGCGCAGGCGUCAGGGGCGGGGCCCGGAGUUAAAUGCAGCCGACGGUCUGCGGGACCCGCUCUUCUCUGCAGUAUCUGCUGGUGGCCGCCGCGCUCUGCUUGUGCAUUUGGAGGUACUUCUUACUCGAAGGUAAUAGUUGCAUAAAUGCCUUAACGCUGGCUCGCUUGAGGAGGGUUUCGGAGAAUAACUCAAAAGUUUUAGAGAUUAACUCAAAAGAUUUAGAGAAUAACUCAAAAGUUAGAUUGACAUGCCUACUUUUUAGACUGAGUUGUAGUUGAUAGAGGUGUGUAAUAGAGAACUAAAACUUAAAUUCAAGGCCAGUAGUGAAUUGGAUAUAUGCUGGAGCACCUUUAGUUUAUCACUUGCUUAGGACGCUUUUCUCUUUAAAUUUCAUUUCGACCAUGUGUGAAAGAGUAGUUGAAAGCAAUUUGAGUGAGGUUGAAGGCUUUAAUGAAAUAGUCACAACUGAUAAAAUUGCUCAGUUUGUAUCAAACUAAUAGUAAAAGGAAAGAAUGGGUGUUAUUGCAUGUGUUUGGCGUGGUGGAAAGUUACUUGCGUGCCCAGCGUGCCCAGCUUCCUGAGCCUCUUUGAUAUUGUCUGAAACAGAACUUCCUGGAUAAAUUCUGUGGAUUAAAUGUAAAGAGAAAGAAGAAAGCUUGCUCUCUUCCUUCUCAAUGAUCUAGGCAGCUAUACAGUCCAGGCUUCUCUUCUACAAAAACUGGUAUAUUGUAUUUACAGCCUAGUCGUUGCUGAUUCCUAGGGAUUGAAGGAGACAUAUUUAUUUUUGUCUCAACGAAACUUGAAAACAAUGGCAGAAAACAACAUAGAGGUUGCAGACUUGGGGUGUGGUGAUGUAUGCCUCCUAAUGAUAUUAAAAUACCAAAAGUGCAUUGAAGAGCUUGUUGGAGUGGAUAUCAAUGAAGGGAGACUUAAAUGGAAUGGGUCCAGGCUGUCCCCGUGCAUGGGGGAUCAUCUGGAUCCUCGAGAGCUGGAUUUAGUUAUUACCUUGUAUCACGGUUCUGUUUUGGAGAAAGACUGUCGUUUGCUUGGAUUUGAUUUGGUAGCAUGUAUUGAAUUAAUAGAACAUUUUGAUUCAGAAGAUCUGGCGAAGUUUCCUGAAGUCGUAUUUGGGUACAUGUCUCCAGCCAUGAUUGUCAUCAGCACACCGAACUCUGAUUUCAAUUCCCUGUUUCCAUCUGCAGUCUUCAGAGAUUCAGAUCACAAAUUUGAGUGGAGUAGAAUGCAGUUUCAGACCUGGGCUUUAGACGUGGCCAAUCACUACAGUUACUCUGUGGAGUUUACUGGUGUGGGAGAACCACCAGCAGGAGCUGAGGAUGUUGGAUGUUGUACCCAGAUAGGGGUCUUCCGGAAAAUAGCAAAGGCACCUGAAUCUGCUGUUUUGGAGCACCAUGGUGAACAUGUUUAUGAAGUUAUUUAUACGACCUCAUACCCGAGUUUACAGCAAAUGGAUUACUGUAGACGUGUAGUGACUUAUCUAGUGUACCGAGAGGUGAACAGAAUGAAACGGAGAUAUCAAGUGAGUCUGAGACAGCAUGAAUUGGAACCUGAGUCUGCAGACACUGGCAACCCAACAAGAAAAUUCAUCUCAGACCCUCCAGUUCCAGUACUCACAGAGGCAGACAAAGCCAUGGAGAUGAUUCCCCAACCCUUCUGUAUUGGAGAUAAGUUUUACGUACCCCUGGAGAGAAUCAUUGCUUAUCCCAGGCUGGGGCACAUAUGUGGUAAUGUAGAGAAGCUGAGAGAGUUUCUUGCUGAUGUAGUAGAACUGAACUGCGAUGGUUCUGCAGUGAAGGUUGACUUGCAUGAUUGUGGUGACUACUGA